GGUGAUGCUGAGAGCUGCCUGCUCAGACAACAGACACGCGAGGUCAGGAAGAAGCCGCUUAUAAAUUACCGCUUCCUCCGCGCCGCCGCCAGCGCCGAGCUCCGGGCCCUGGCUGCAGCCCCGCUCGCUGGCCCCCGCCGAGCCCCGAGGACCGCGCGCCCAGGAGCCGAGCCCCGCCGAGAAGGAGCGCGGAGCGCGGACCCCGCGGGCCAGAGAUCCAGCCGGCCGGCAGCCCCCGGCGAGCGGAACCGAGCACAGCCGAGCGCAGCGCCGCGGCCGCCCCAGCCAAGCAGUAGUUGCUGUUAGGCCCCAUCCUGCAGCCCUGGAAGUCCCUGCUGCUGCUGCUGCGCCAGCGUUCGCCAACCUGACGGAGUCAGAUAUGAAUCCGAUCCACCCAGAGAGUGAGGGGAAGAUGGCCACGAAGGAGAAGCUGCAGUGUCUGAAAGACUUCCACAAGGACAUCCUGAAGCCACCCCCAGGGAAGAGCCCGGGCACGAGGCCUGAGGACGAGGCGGAGGGGAAGCCCCCGAAGAGGGAGAAGUGGGCCAGCAAGAUGGACUUCGUGCUCUCGGUGGCUGGCGGCUUCGUGGGCUUGGGCAAUGUCUGGCGUUUCCCGUACCUCUGCUACAAAAAUGGUGGAGGUGCAUUUCUGAUACCGUAUUUUAUUUUCCUGUUUGGAGGCGGCCUGCCUGUGUUUUUCCUGGAGAUAAUCAUAGGCCAGUACACCUCUGAAGGGGGCAUCACAUGCUGGGAAAAGAUCUGCCCCUUGUUUGCUGGCAUCGGCUACGCCUCCAUCGUGAUCGUGUCUCUCCUGAAUAUAUACUACAUCGUCAUCCUGGCCUGGGCCACGUACUACCUGUUCCACUCCUUCCAGUCGGACCUCCCCUGGGCGCACUGCAACCACAGCUGGAACACGCCCCAGUGCCUGGAGGACACCCUGCGCAAGAACAAGAGUCUGUGGGCCUCCCUCAGCACCGCCAACUUCACCUCCCCUGUCACGGAGUUCUGGGAGCGGAAAGUGCUGAGCCUGUCUUCUGGAAUUAAUGAACUGGGUGCUCUGAAGUGGGAACUCGCGCUCUGCCUGCUCCUCGUCUGGCUAGUCUGCUUCUUCUGCAUCUGGAAGGGCGUCAAGUCCACGGGGAAGGUCGUCUACUUCACCGCCACCUUCCCGUUCGCUAUGCUGCUGGUGCUGCUGGUGCGCGGACUGACACUGCCCGGCGCGGGUGAGGGCAUCAAGUUCUACCUGUACCCCGACAUUAGCCGCCUCGAGGACCCACAGGUCUGGAUCGACGCUGGGACCCAAAUAUUCUUUUCCUAUGCCAUCUGCCUGGGGGCCAUGACCUCGCUGGGGAGCUACAACAAGUACAAGUACAACUCGUACAGGGACUGUAUGCUGCUGGGAUGCCUGAACAGUGGUACCAGUUUUGUGUCUGGCUUCGCAAUUUUUUCCAUCCUGGGCUUCAUGGCACAAGAGCAAGGGGUGGACAUUGCUGAUGUGGCUGAGUCAGGUCCUGGCCUGGCCUUCAUCGCCUACCCGAAAGCCGUGACGAUGAUGCCGCUGCCCACCUUCUGGUCCAUCCUUUUCUUUAUCAUGCUUCUCUUGCUGGGACUGGAUAGCCAGUUUGUGGAAGUGGAAGGACAGAUCACAUCCUUGGUUGAUCUUCACCCAUCCUUCCUAAGGAAGGGCUUCCGCCGGGAAAUCUUCAUCGCCUCCAUAUGUUGCAUCAGCUACCUGCUGGGGCUGACGAUGGUGACAGAGGGUGGCAUGUAUGUGUUUCAACUCUUUGACUACUAUGCAGCUAGCGGUGUGUGCCUUUUGUGGGUUGCAUUCUUUGAAUGUUUUGCUAUUGCCUGGAUAUAUGGCAGUGAUAACUUCUACGACGGUAUUGAGGACAUGAUCGGCUACCGGCCUGGGCCCUGGAUGAAGUACAGCUGGGCCGUGGUCACCCCGGUUCUCUGUCUCGGGUGCUUCAUCUUCUCUCUCGUCAAGUAUGUGCCCCUGACCUACAACAAAGUCUACGUGUACCCGACCUGGGCCAUCGGGCUGGGCUGGGGCCUGGCCCUGUCGUCCAUCGUGUGCAUCCCCUUGGUCAUGCUUGUCCGCCUCUGCCAGACGGAAGGGCCGUUCCUCGUGAGAUUCAAGUACCUGCUGACCCCGAGGGAACCCAACCGCUGGGCCGUGGAGAGCGAGGGGGCCAUGCCCUACAGCUCCCGCAUGUCCGUCAGCAGCUCUCUCAGGAAACCGACCCACAUCAUAGCGGAGACCAUGAUGUGAGCGCUCUCCGCCGACGGCUGCGCUCCUGCUGUUUACUAACAUUAGAUUCUCAUAGGACCAGGUUUACAGAGCUUUAUAUUUGCACUAGGAUUUUUUUUUAAUUGUCACAGAAAAUGUUUGUGUAUGUGUGUGUACGUGUGUGUGUGUGUGUGUGUGUGUGUGUGAGUGCGCACAUGCGAUGUCGCGUGUAUGUGUAUUUUGUUUUGAUUCUGGGAUAUUUUAUACAAAAAGAAAACCCACGGGCAGCUGUCCGGGGCGAGGCAGAGCUUUCAUACGGAAUUAGAUGUAUUUUAUGGGAACUUGGUAAAUUUUUCUUCGUAUUUUUUUUAAACCUACAACUGUGUAUACACUUAGAGAGUGUCAUACACUUUACCACUUGAAUCGAUCUUGCCAGCAAUAGAUCUCAUUUUCAAAAGCAGUUCUUCGGUGCUUGUGUCACUGGCAGAAAGUUCUGCCCUCAGAGCCACAGGGUGGCAUUUUCCUGGGACAGCAGAGCCAUUUUAAAAGUGCAGUACCUUACAAACCUGGUUCAAGGGGAGCAAACAGCCGGGGAAGGGCCCCACUAGCUGGCCGGACCCCGAUGGGGCUGGAGGAAGGAGGCUGUCAGGAGGUGUGUUACAUUUGUCUUAGCCGAGGAGAGAGAGGCGAGAAUAAUACAGCAGCCGCCAGGCAAAGGGACUGGCCCGAAGCCCGCAGACGAGGCCUUACCGCGGAAGUCCGAGUGUAAGGCCAGGGGAAAGCAUUGCAUCAGCGGCAGAGGCCCUUUCAUUCUGAGAAGGAGGGUGGACAGAUGGUCAGACCCGUUCAUUGUGACGGAGCGGCGUCUGCUGGGGAGCCCAGGUGGAGAGCGGAGGCUGGCCUGGCGCGAGCAGGGGUCUCAGGCCCCAGAUCUCACACAGGUGGAUCUGUUGCAUUUGAACAGGGUCCUGUCAGCUUCUGGUCAGCCCCAGCUGCCACCUCUCGAAGCUGACGUAGGAAGCGUGAUGUAUUUGGUGAGGGACAGGGGGUGGGUGAGCACGUGGACCAAAGGAUGUGGGCCGAGCACUCGGAGCCCAGAGUUGGGGAGGGGCUUUACUUUCCUCAUGUCCCCACCCUCAGCUCUGUCCUCGUCUCCCAGGGGCCGAGAAACUCCUGAGCUCUGGUUGAGGAGCCCAGCCCAGGGCCACCCUCGCUCCUGGGAGGGAGAGCCCGGGAUGACCUCUGAUGCUCCCAGACGCUCCUCCCGGUCCUGGCACAGUAACCUGGGAGAUGAUGGAGCUCUUCCUCCGCCAGAGCUGGGGUCCGGGGUGCCCUGUGUGGGGACCGAGGGCAGGAGGGGAGUCAGGAUCGUUCAGGAGCAGGCACCCCAGAGCGGGCUUGCCCGAGAGCCUUAUGUCGAGCAGCGCAGCUCUCUGAACCAGGAGAAGGGGGUACUCCACCUUUAAAAUCCCGGGGACGGGCACACCUCCGCCCCAGCCCACAUCUGGACCUAAACUGUGCCAUUCAAGCAGGAACUUCCAAGUUCAGGGCCCAAAGUGAACAGAAACAUUGUCACGCACAACAGCAGUGACUCCCUCUGGGGUGCGGAGAGCGCGGCCCCGCUCUGCGUUCAGAGCAGGGGCUCCCUGAGCCCGGGAAGCCCCUCCCUAAAGCCGGGCCAGGCCGGGCGGGGAGGACCCUCCCGUGUCCCGCCCCCCCCCCCCGGGGGGGGCAGGGGCAAUGCUGAACCUCUUGUCGUGGGUAAGCAGUCACCGUCCGCUGUCUCCCAAACACAUACUCUGCCAAACAACACCCAGUCCUAUUCCAAACAGCUAGCAAGUGUGUGCUCCUGUUUGACUGUGUAUUUAUGGUCACCACUGUGUCUGACUUGAUUCAAUUGUUUUUGUUUUUGUUUUUCCUAAUUUUACCGAGUAGCAAUGUGACCUGUUUGCCUUUGUCUUAUGGAACUUUACUAAACUAACCACUGUCGGUAACUGGGGACAGGUGACGUGCGGGGGCGAGAGGGGCUGGGACCCCGGGGUGAAAGGCCACAGCGAUUGGGGUUGGUAGGCAAAUUGCAACAUUCUGGAAAUGGCCUGAGAAAGGCCUCUUCUUACAAGAUUCCCAGACCAAAUUCUAGACCAAAGACACAUGCAGACCAAGUCCCCAGGCCCCGCCUGGGAGGACGGUCAACUGCAUUCCCCAAGCCCGAUCCUCGCCAGCUUCCCGGGGUGCCUGUCUCCAGCUGCGACCCUCCCGUCCGAUCCCCGAGCUUGCGUGUGUCUGCAGAUCUCGGCUCUAUGUGUGUGUACGGUGAUGCAUGACUUUUUGUCUCCACAUAAAGGAAGUUUGUCAUUGGAGCUCACCACCCUGGUCCGCCUGACCCUGGGCAGUCCUCCGCCCACUCUGCCUGGGGUGGGUUGGAAAUUCUGAUGUUCACAGCCAUAUCUGGAAGGAACGCAAGGGAGAUGUUUAAAGGAUGUUUGUAGGACGCAGCAGUUGGCCAGGGCCCCAGGAUAAAUCCCACCCGGAGGAUGCUCCGUCGAGCUGGGCCUGGCCCAUGUUAGCCCUGCGGUGGAGCCGCACGAUCUGGGAUGGAGAGGUUUCCAGGGCCCCCAGUCAGCGCCCUCAGUGUCCAAUGGGCCUGUUCUCCCUGAAGACCAAAGACGAGCCUUUAUGGAAAAGGACAUGCUCCAUCCCCAGCCUUCAGGGACGAGGUGAGCAGCAGCCCCUCCCUCUGGCCGUCCUCCGGAGCCAGCUGGCCCCCAGGCUGUGGCUCAGUGGGACAGGCGACUGGCCUCCGCAGGACAGGCAGGGCCAUUUCCCCAGCCCCCUACCCAGCAGCUCUCCGGGAGCCAGGCAUUGAGACCCCUGUUGCUGCCCAAGGCAGCCAGCUGGUGUUCAGGGGGCCGAGCCCCUCAGGCAGGAAGUGGCCUCCCUCUCCGGACCGCUGGUCCCUCCUUCUCACCCCAGAUCCCCUGCAGACAGUGAAGCACACGGGGAGAGGGAGCCACCCUCAGCCUAGCCCCCAGGGGAUCAGGACCCAGCCAGCAUCUCCCAGUGUCACCCCUCCGGAUGGGGCAGUGCCCUGGGCAGCCGGUGCCGAGGCAGGCACACCUCCCUGCCCCUCACACCUCAGACACAGGCCACGAGAAAGCUUGUCAAGGUGGCCAGAGGUCCCAUCCGGCCCUCAGACCCAAGGUCAGGUGGCCCCGGGCUGGGCUGUCCACGUGGGUGCUGCCAGUAUCGCAGCGCAGGGACCCAGUGAGCACAAAGCCACAUAGCCCGGACGUCAAAACGUGGGGACGCCAGGGGCACUUCUCCCCGCCGCCCCCCCAGUGCCUGGCGCUCCGAUGCAGCCGGUUUCACUAGGAAGCUGUGUUCCGUUGUCUUCUGGGUGUCACUACAGACGUGUUCUGCCAUGUUCCCUGAGGGACUGGAGCAUCUUGUUAUAUAUUUGGCUUCAAACUGGGACGUUGGCUUCUUUUUUUUUUCUUUUACCCAAUUAAUUUCCAAACCCCUAGCAACUGUGACUGUAUUUAGCACAAGAGAAAGCUGAGAACGUGGGUCUUGCCUCCUUCCAGAAAUAUGUCUGGCUCAUCAGGACAUUUUUUUAAAACUGCAGAAUAUUUUUAAGAUAUUUUAAACUUUUGUAAAAAUAAGAAAUCAACCAACAAGAGACUCUUCUGAGGAGGAGCAUUUGUAUUUGAGUAAGAUCCUUGGUGUGUAAUUCAGUCUUGCAGGAUACAAGCUUUUGUGUAUAAAUGUUUUCUGAUCUGAAUCCCUGCAUUUUGCAGGGUUUUUCUUUUCCUCUUUGGCUUUUUAGAUAAUAUGUAUAUCGAUAUUUUAAAUUCAUCUUUGCUUUUUUUUUAGAGGAGUUUGUAAUCACCUUAUAACAUGAAAAUAAACGUUUCCUUUUUAAGAUCCAAAA